AUGAAUCCAGGGAAGCUGUUCUAUGAGUCGGAGAUCCGUUACUCCCGCAAUGAAAUACUUUCGGAGGAGGGUGUCUUGGUGGCGAAGGAGGAAAUCGGCGGCGAAAGAGAGGAGUAUUCGGUUGACGGUUAUGGGGUUCCGAUGUGGCCGCCCCUUUACAAACCGCCCUGGCUUCCGCCGACUUACGAGCUGGUGCAUCUGCCACGAGAACCAGCAAUGCCGAUUCCGGAAGAUUCCGAUGACAGUUCUUCAUCGCUCAGCCAAUCAGAAGCGGAAGAAGAUAAGAUCCGUGAGUCUUCCCAUUCAAAACAGACCGAAAAAGACUCGAACAUUUCAGUCGACCAAAUUGAUGGGACUCCACUUUCCCCCAGAUCACCAGAAUCCUAUAUCAGUCUGGAAGAAAUGGAAGAGGAGGAAGGAAUUUCUCGAUCGUCUGGAACGGAUUCUCAAAUCGGACAAGAAGAUGAAUUGGGUGAGCACAACGGUAAGAAAAACUGCCACUUUGCGUAUGUUUCUAUGAAAGAAGUCUUCAGAAGUCUAUCAAGAAAUGCUUCAAGAUGAGGACCUGUUUGCGGCGGCUGCCAUGCCCAUUGAAGACGUCGCUUCUGCUCCAGCGGCUCCUGAAGAGAUUGUGGUGGAAACGGAUUCUGAAGAAGAGGAGCUAAUCGUGGUAGAUUAA